AUGAUAGUGAUAAGAAACGGGCAGCGAAUUAGCUAUUUAUCAUUUUGUCGCUUCUCAACUCGAUCAUUGUCCACUCAGCAAUUCCAGAAAACUCCGUUGUUGUGCGUACUGCGUCCGAAGGUGGCUACGAAGCUAAAGAUGAGUUCUACACCCCCCGAAAUCGUUCCCCAGCAACCUUUGGAUGCGUUGCUACUCAACAAAACUGAUACCGAACAGGAAAUGUUCCUAACAAAAUACCCGACGUAUGAUGGGCGAGACAUCCUGAUUGCUAUUUUGGAUACUGGCGUUGAUCCGUCGCUUCCUGGAAUGCAAGUAACAACCACUGGAGAAAGAAAAGUGUUCGAUGUAAUCGAUUGUUCCGGAGCUGGCGAUGUGGACACUUCGGCAACAAGAACUGUCAAAGACAAAACAAUUGAAGGAAUUUCCGGACGAAAGCUAACUAUUCCAGACAAAUGGACAAAUCCGACUGGCGUCUAUCACGUUGGAUUAAAGCCGAUUUUUGAGUUGUACACAAAAGGAGUGAAGAGUCGAGUUGUUAGUGAGCGAAAGGAAGAUGUUGUCGGACCAUCGCAUAAUCUCGCAGCUGCCGAAGCUUUGAAAGAAUUAGUGGCACAUGAGAAAGAUGUUGGAGGCACAAGCGAGAAAACUUCAGACAAGUGGACAAGAGAAGAUCUUGCUUGCAAAGUUGACUUUUUGAAAUCGAUGGCUUCGGUAUCCGAUGUUGGACCAGUCGCUGAUGUUAUCACAUGGCAUGAUGGAGACGUUUGGAGAGUUUGUAUCGAUACCUCCUUCCGUGGAAGAUUAGGAAUGUGCAAUGUACUCGGAACAUUUAGAGAAACUGGAGACUACGCGUGUCUCACUGAUAAGGAUUCAGUUGUUUAUACUGUCAGAGUUAGUCCAGAUGGAAACUUGACUGAAAUCGUUGUCCCAUCUGGUGCUCAUGGAAGUCACGUUGCUGGAAUCGCCGCGGCCAACUAUCCCGAUAAUCCUCAGAAAAACGGGCUUGCUCCAGGAGCCAAGAUUCUUUCAUUGAACAUUGGCGACCAUCGUCUGGCGGCUAUGGAAACUGGGCAAGCGAUGACAAGAGCGUUCAACAUGUGCGCUGAACUCAAUGUCGAUGUGAUAAACAUGUCGUUUGGAGAAGGAACACAUUUGCCAGAUGUUGGACGUGUCGUCGAAGAAGCACGAAGACUCAUUGAUAGAAAAGAUGUCAUCUAUGUGUGCUCUGCUGGAAACCAGGGACCAGCUUUGUCUACUGUAGGUGCUCCAGGUGGAACUACGACUGGAGUCAUUGGAAUCGGCGCCUAUUUGACUUCUGAAUCGGCUGACACCCUUUACGGAGUAUAUAAACCAGUCGACAAUAACAUUUAUCCAUGGAGUUCAAGAGGACCAUGCCAAGAUGGAAAGCUGGGAGUCAGCCUUGUUGCUCCGGCUGCUGCAUUUGCCGGUGUCCCGCAGUAUUGUCGCCAGAGCAUGCAAAUGAUGAAUGGAACAAGUAUGAGCUCGCCAAAUGCUGCUGGAAAUGUGGCUUGUAUGCUGUCUGGAUUGAAACAACUCGAUCUGAAAUGGACACCAUACACUGUUCGAAUGGCUCUGGAGAACACCGCUUUUCCACUUCCCAAUGUUGACGCAUUCUCGCAAGGACAGGGAAUGAUCAAGAUUGCGACGGCUUUCGAUAAACUUUCUGAAAUUCUCAUAAACAAAGUUUUCCCAUCAAGAUUGACUCAUUUCGAAGUGAAAGUUGCUGAUCAUUGCAAGAAAUCAAAAGGAAUCUACAUUCGCGAACCUAAAUUGAAUGGUCCACAAGAGUUCACCGUUGGAAUCGAGCCAAUCUUUAAAAAUCAUCAAGAGGAUAACAAUUUGACGGCAAUUGGAUUCGAGAAACAAGUUAUCCUGCAGUCCACAGCUCCAUGGGUGUCUCAUCCACAAACUAUGUUUGUCGUUGCACAAGAGAGACCGAUUGUAGUGACAGUGGAUGCUUCGAAGGCGCCAAAAGGAGCGAGCUAUGCCGAAAUUGUUGGAAUAGAUACGGCUGAUCCCUCACUCGGACCGAUCUUCCGUAUUCCAGUGUCCGUCAUUGUCCCGGAGACAGUCGAUGUCGAUCGAUACACUUCCAAGCUCGUUGGAAAGUCUGGUGCGCCUGAACGACGAUUCGUUCAAAUCCCAUCGUGGGCUACAAGUGCAAAAAUCACCUUGAAAUCUACAAACAAGGAUGAAAUGGACAGAUUCACACUGCACACCGUCUACAUAGAAGAUGACAAAUGCUCACGAAACACGGAGGCCCAAAAAAUUCAAGGGCCAGUUGGAAAUGAAUGGGCGAAAUCGAUAACCGUAAAAGGAGGAAAAACACUGGAAGCUUGCGUCGUCCGUGCCUGGUCUCGUGGAAAGACAACAGUCGACGUUGAUAUGACGAUCGAUUUCUUCGGAGUUCAGAAACCAAGCUCCAUUGCUCUUGUACACGGAUCAACGAACACUCCGAUUCGUAUUCAAGCAGCACCGACGAAGAGCAUUGAUGUUGCUCCAGCGAUUUCGCUUACCAAUUUGGUUGUGUCUUUGAAGCCUCAGUCAGCGAAGGUAGAACCACUAGGCGCACGUGAUCUGUUCCUCACAUCUGGACUCCAAAUCAACCGCCUCCUUCUCACUUAUCAGCUUAAAGUUGCUAAGACAAGUGAAGUUCAACUCGAAUUAGGUGGUUUGACUCCGUAUUUGUACGAGUCCUCAGUCGACUGCGUUCUUUUCCAAAUCUUUGGAGCCAACAAGUCCUAUAUCGGUGCCGCUUCUUCUUAUCCCGAUAGAUGGACUCAAAAGCUCGAGAAAGGAGAAUACACGAUUCAAGCACAAGUCAGGUACCCAGAUGAGCAAGUUCUGCUAGGAAUGAAAGAGCUUCCACUUUUAGUUCGUGUCAAAUUGGGAAGUAAAGUGUCUGUUGAUCUCGCUGCUUCUGCCGCUGACGCAACUUUCGGGAAAGAAAGCAAGUUCACCGGAAAAGCUCUUCUUCCAAACCAAGAGAUGACCCUUUACGCUAUGAGUGUAUCAGAUGACAAGUUGCCGAAAGGAAUUGUCCCAACCAGUGGAAGUUUCCUUAUUGGAUCAUUUUCGGCAUUGAAGGAUUCUGAUUUGAGCGCUGUUGACAAAUCACAAGUUGUCUAUUACUUGAGUGAAUAUUCGGCCCGCGCAGCAAAAGGUCUAUCGAUGGUUACAGUAAAGAAAGAGAAGAAUCAGAAGGACGAAAUGACUGAAGCCAUUCGUGACUUGGAAGUUUCCUGGGUGCAAAAACUGACAGAUGAGAAGACUGCGAAGGAAUUCUUCGAAACGUGUCUUCAGAAGUAUCCUGAUCAUCUUCCACUUCUCACGAAUCGUGUCAAGCAGCUCAUGCAAACAAAGUUGGCUGAUCAAACCGAUGAGAACGUGCAAAAAAUUAUUGAGCUCUGCGGGAAAAUUCUCGAGCUCACUAAGCCGAAUGAAGUUCUCCAGUUCCUUUCCGUCAAACAGGAACAUGAUGAUGAUCUGUUGACAGUGGAGAAAUGGCUUGUGUUGACUGGUGGAACAGAAGCUCAAAGAAAAGAAUGUGCCAAGAUGAUCCCAAUGUUCAACGAGCGAAAAAAUGCGAUAAUUAUCGCCUUGCAAACUUUGGCAUCCCUUGAACAAGAUCGGGAAAUGCGCAGGUCUUCGAAAAAUAUUCCAGCAAGUCUCCGAUUUGGCGGAGUAACACCAUUGAUCUUUGGCGGAAAGCAGGGAGAAGUUAUUGCAAAGAAGUCAGAUGGCCAGGAAGAGUUGAAGUCAAAAGCUGAACAGAUUGAUGCAGUUGUUGCUGAAGAGCUGAAGAAGAUCGAUGAGAACUGGACUGGAAGUCAAUUCUACGUGAAGCUUCUCAUCUGGUUGUCGGCUGACGACUCAAAGGCCGCCCUCGUUUCUUCGAAGCAUGCUGCGGCUCUUGGACAGUUUGGGAGAUGUGCCAAGCUGCUAAACAAGGCUGGAGAAGAGCUCAAGGCGUCGGCCACCGACUCGCAGGCUGUGGAUACGUCGCUAGCGGAAAUCUGUGAAAAUCUCGAAUGGAAUCAUCUAUCUACCCAUUUCAAGAAUCUAGCUCUCAUCAAGAAUCGAGCCUCUUUCAGACUUUUCUAA